CCUGUGGUUUCUGUCCUCUGGCAGGCACUCUCUGAUCCCGCCGCUGCGCGGAACACGGAACAGCUUGACUGCUGUUCUCUCGCUCUAUUCUCUACGCCAAGCAAGGGCCUGGAGCGUGCUCCUGCUGGGUGAUGGCUCAGCAAGUGAGUAUCCUCGAUGGGGAAGUCAACCGGAACUGGCACCUCGUGGACAGCGGGGGGGAGAAGCACUUGCUGACGCUUUUUCACGACUGCAUGACAGGGGCGAGAGCGGCCAUGCUCGACUAUGAGGCGAAGGAGGAAGUGCCUGGCUCUGCAGGGACUACGAACCUCUUCAACCUUGUCGCGGGGCGGGUGGACAUCCCCUUCAGCAUGAAGAAGAAAAGCCCGACGGCAGAGGACAACGGCCGCCUGAGCAUCUUGAGGAGGGGGCUGACCGGGUUCUCGUACGAGUGCGAGGUGAACGGCAAGCUCGUGCUGGAUACCACGUCUGUCGUGCAGAACACCGAGUACGAGUACGAAGUCUCUGUACCCGCGACCGUGGACACCGGCAGCAGGGUUAGAGGGGUAACCUGGUACGAGGUGCACACCAUGCGGAAGGCAGACAGCAAGGGGACCCUGGUUCACCGGAGGUUUCGAGACUUUCACGCUCUUCAGGAGCAGGUGGAGUCGCUCAUGAAGGGCCACCACCUGCGGUCCUCCCUGCCCAGGUUCCCGGGCAAGAAAUCCAAGCUCUGGACCAACCACGGCGACUUGUCCUUUGUCGAGGAGCGAAGAAAGGCCUUGGAGCAGUACCUCAAGACUUUGCUACAGCUUCCUCACGUGAGCACCCUGGACUCGACGCGAGCCUUCCUCGGUAUGGUGGGAAACUUGCGAGAGUUCUCGGUGUCGUGGGAGGGCAAGGAGCUCGGCGCCAAGCUUAAGCGAGCUUCGGAGGUGGCGGGCGGAAAGCUGGGCGUCGGGGGAGCAGGCUCGGCAGGCCCGAACGGGGACGGAGGGGCGCCGCCGGUGAUCACCUCUGUGCUGGGCAACGGGAGAUCGCCGCCGGGGGUGUGUUCGGGAGACCGCCUGUUCAAGGUAAAUGGAGACUCGACGGAGCUCAUGUCGCUGGAAGCCGCCUGGAGUUCUGUGGCGCGGGCCACGCGGCCGGUGAUGUUGCAUUUCUUGGGCCCGAUCCUCCGAAUGGAUUCGACCCUGGCGCCGCUUCCCGAGGCGUUUCUGCGUCACCGCACCCCCCCGGGGCGGCAACUCCCAUCCACGGGGCCCCAAGACGGCGGACCUUCGCUCGCCGGAAGCUUCCUGCGCCCAAGCGGGAGCGGCGGCGCUUCCGCCGCGGGCCCCGCCGGCGCUGCUGGCGGUGUUGGCGGUGGCCAGUGGAGACUAAGAGGCAUGCUGCCGGCAUGGAGCCGGGAGCAGCCUUCGAAGCCCGGGGAUGGUAGUGCACUGGCCCCUGGAGGCUCAGCCGCCCCUGGGCGAGAGUGGAAUCCCCACGAGAAUCCGAGGACGCGAAUAGGGAACGGGGUGGGUCGGGGUGGCGCGGUGGGGCCUUUCGGGAACGGUACGGGAGCGGCGGCAGCCGGCCGGACCAACCCGGCGAACUCCAGCCUCUUCGGGGGUGACGCGACGGCCGGCGCUAGCGGAGGCGGCAUGGGUGGUGCGGCGAAGAAAGAGAGUUUGUUCGACAGUUGGCGAUCACCAAGGGCGGCGGCGGCGGGAGCGGGGGCGGGGAUGGGAGGCACGUUGCGUCAAGCCCCGGGGAGUUCGUUCGGAGGCGGUGGAAGUUCUCGGAGAAGCUCGGCUUGGAUGCCGGACACGUCGCGUGGCUCGGGAACGUCGACCAGUUCCUCUCCUCCGGGCAAUAUGCUGGGGGCAGCAGGAGCGGUACCGACACCCCCAACCUCUCGAGAAGAACUAGCGGGUAGCGGCAGCACCUCCAACGGGAACUCGGUAAGAGGGCCUACGGAUCGCCCGGCACGAGGAGGGCUAUUUUCGGCGGCAGGAUCUGGUGGCGAGAACGCGGGUUUUCCAGGGAGUAGCGGCGGGUCAUCCAUGGCGGCGUCGCCAGCAUGGCCGUCCGAGCAAUCGAACGCGCCACUGGGGGGCGCGGCCGGGGCAGAGGGAAGGGUAAGAGGCGGCGAGAGCAGCGGCGGGAGAAAUCUCGCUGUCCCAACGUUUUCUUCUAGUCUCGAUACGGGAGCGAGAUUCACGUCGGAGGUAGGACGAUCGGGUGGAACGUUUGUUGGCACGACCACCCUCGGGGAGAGUGAUGACCACCAUGGGUUUGAGGAGGAGGACGGCGAAGAGGAGGAGAAUCCCUUCGCGUAGCGGCGGUCACAAUCAAGACGCUGGUCACCGUCGAUGAGUGGCGUGGAUAUUUCGCUAUGGACAGUCGUUUCAGUCUUUACGAGUCGUCGUCAGCGACGCGACCCGCUCUGUACUUCCCGUGGUUGAUGUUCACUGCGUAUGGCGGAACGACGUUUGUAAGAGCCAUCGAUGGACGCGAAUGAUAGAAGACCAUGCGCAUCAUGACUCCUGUUGGAGAGCUCUACCGAAGUAGUGUUGCGUACCACACAGCAGGCACCAUUGUUUAUGGUGGAAAGUGAAGCAGCGCAACAGAAGUGGGCAUAAAUAUGCACAUGUUUUUGGCAAGAUGCCCAUGUGCCCCCCCCCUGCCUUGAGCUCUAGUCUACAGCGCAGUAGUUUUAAGAGUGUGCACACGAUCAUGCAACUCGAAUAUUGGUGCAGUAGCAACUAUGUGCGUUCGAUGCGUCUACGUGUACCGUCGGACAGCGGUGGCCCAGUUGCAGCACCCAUGUGUACGGGGGAUGCCCUCUGUGGUACAACAAGUGCUGCGUAGCUGCUGCACAUGUAGUGAUGGGUGCAAAAAAUGUGCCGAUGGCGGUGAAUGUUUUGCGCUUGCUUUAACGGCGUGCCCCGCGCUGCAGGGUGCAAGGUAACCCGCGACCUUUUGACGCUUGGGCGAACCAGAAAAAACAAGAUGAAUCGUUCGUGAAGGCUGCUGCUGCUAUCGGUCACCCCCUCUUCUUCCUGCCUUUCACUCAUAGCUUUUUUGGCCCGCCUCGACGAACAUAUGUAUGUAACGCCAUGGAGCACCUGCUGAAGUUAUACUAACUUGGAUACGACACCAGUUGAAAAUAUUUUGUUUCUGCACGCACCUGCGAAUAAAGUGGAAACUUCACAGACAGACGUCGCGGAGAGAGAGAGAGAGAGAGAGAGAGAGAGAGAGUAUCCGGCAGUAGUCUAGUGAAGAAUAGCGGAUUCAUUCGCCUGCUGUUCACAGCGAAAUCAACGCACGUCCGCUAGACUAUGCUUGGAAGGAAGCGGCGCACCCAGCCCCAGAGAGAGCCCAUACACCUCCGCGCCGUGCAUGUGUUCCACUCAUUCCAGAUACACGUGUUGAAUCGUGUGCGCCUAGAAAGCUUCACAAUAGAGACCGAUUCAACUAUUUAUUGUGAAAUUAGCUAUUCGCGUUCUUGUUCUUUGAAAGUGGUAUUCUUUUUUUUUUUUUCUUAAUAUGACACAACGAGUCCAUCUCUAUCAUAGAAAAGAGUCGGAGACAGCUUAACAAUGCAAUCGUAGCGUCAGAGAAAACUACCUGUGUGUCUACGAUUUCCCAGACAGCAUAUAGGGACAUCUCCCCUGUGGGUAACAGGCUCAACAAAUCAGUUUGGUAGCUGUCUUGUGUGUCUCAUAUAUGUUAUGUUGGGAAGGUGCAGACGAAAGGUGUUGGGUACUGUUGGGUAGUCGGGCGUUUUGUGUGUCGCACCCUAUUAGUUCUAACACAUGCAAUCUCCAUCAGUUUACAAACAUAUUCUCAGUUUGGUAUGCAUAUGUGCGGAGUAUGUGCGGCUGAUGUGCCAUCUCUAUCAUAGAAAAGAGUCAGAGACAGAUUAACAAUGGAAUCAUAGGGUCAGAGAAAACUACCUGUAUGUCUACGAUUUCCUAGACAGCAUAUAGGGACAACUCUCGGGUGACAGGCUCAAAAGAUCAGUUUGGUAGCUGUCUUGUGUGUCUCAUAUAUGUUAUGUUGUGGAAUUUCAUGUCGUUAAAUGUGAGAAGGGCACGGGAGAACAUUUCUCAUCAUUGCCUCCUGAUGACGUGGUCGCCGAUAGAGGCGUGUGGUUGAUGAGGUUUCAUAACCGACAUGUGGGUGUGUGUUAAAUGCAGUGGGUGUGUUCACCUCUCUCGUCCGUGUGUAGGUAGGAGGUAUGGCGACCUCUCCCAUUUGUAGGCAGCGUGGACCAUACUUGUAAAUAUAGUCUAGACAGAGUUCAUCAUUUCAUGCAUGUUACAUCAUUUGUGUUUGACAAGGGAGGAAUGAGAGGUUGUGCGUAUGGGUACGGGGGUACUCCCUGUGUCCGUGUUGUUCCCAGAUGUUGCCGCAUCAAGUGGCAGCAUGUGUCAUGGACAGGUAGACGUGGAAGGACGGCGACAGGUGAACGGCAGCAGUAGAAUGUUGUGCAUGGUGGCAUGUUGGGCUUGUGCAGAGGCGCAGUCCAUCUUCGACCACACACAAAAAAAAUUUGCUCGUA